AUGCGAGAAAACCGCGUGAUCUUCUAUUAUCUCGCUUUCACCGGGCCUGAAUUUACCGCAAGAAGCUGGCAAGCCGUUGUGCAGCCAUUUCUUUUCAUCCUCGUUCUUCUUAACUUUCGAAUUUGGCUUAGGACCAAACUUCUUGAGAAAAUUCCCCUGCACGGCAGCAAAACCGAAAGGUUUAAUACCGUUUGCCGUGAUGCUACGUCUCGCGAAUCCCUGAUCUGGAGACGGGUCGGGUCGGAUGUGGAAUCCGGACAAGCCCGAAUCUUUGAAUUUCGCGAAACCCAUCUCCUCAAACUUGGAGAAACUGAUGUUAGCAUCCUUGAAGGCUGUAAAGCCAGUACCCGAAAACCCGAAUCUAUUAUCCUCUGCCCUGUUGCCCUGCAAAACGGAACCCGACAAGCCGGAAUUUUUCCUCCGGCUAUCAUAAGCCCUCCUUUCCUCGCUGUCCGCCAGAACGGACCGGGCCCGGCGGACGAGCCCGAAUGCCUCGUCAGCACCCGGAAGCGGAGUGCCAUACGUCUGUACUGCCGCCUGAUGGUGGGCUCGUCGGCCGUGGGGCCCACGAGGAGGAUUUUGUACCAGUCGAGCUCUGCCGCCUGCGAAGCAUCGGCCGAGCAGUGGACUGAGCAGACGAGGAUGAUUGAGGUAAGGCCGUUGAGGUCCGGGCAGAGGAGGUGGGCCCGGGCGGCGAGUUUUCGGGCAGAUUGGAAGUCACGGGCAGACAUCUUCUGGAGGGCCAAGUCUUUGGCCCGGAUAGCUUAUAUUAUAUACUGUCGUCUGUUUGGUACGUUUUCAAUGGAUAACAAAUCAAAUUAA